UGACCAGUCAACAAGAUUGCUUGGUAUGCCACGAUGCAAAACUCGUUAGAGAAUAAUUCCCAGGCUGUAAAUUUGUGGGACUAUGACGUGAUAUUAGAGAAAAUCGGUUAUGGUAAAACUCAAUGGAUACUUUUAAUUAUUAGUGGGUUACUGACGAUUACGUCUGUGGCUGCUCAACAAUCCAUGAGUAUUAUAGUAAUCGCAUCGCAAUGUGAAUUUAAAUCAACUCAAGCUGAAAAAGGUCUGAUAAUGGCUUCGUGUGUUGCUGGAUUGUUUUUCUCGACCUAUAUAUGGGGAUACAUCAGCGACGACGUUGGGCGUCGGAAAGUGUUACUAUGCGGUGUGUUCGCCAGCAAUAUAUUACAAUUCGUUCUUAUGUUCGUUACAAACAUUUGGAUGUUUAAUUUAAUUAACUUACUUGUUGGUAUAAGCAUUGGUGGUGUGUCAGCUGCGCUGUAUGCCUAUUUAAGUGAAUUCAAUACACCCAAACAUCGAGCAGUUGCUAUUAAUUAUUCCACAAUGUUCGUCAGUGUGACUGCAAUAUAUGUUCCAGUGACUGCUUGGAUGGUACUGUCGGCUAACUGGUCGAUCAGCAUAGGCGAUUUUGUUUUUCGGCCAUGGCGUUUAAUUAUGUUGAUAAGUCUUCUUCCCGGAUUAAUUGGCGGCUUGAUACUAUUACGCUUUCCAGAAAGCCCGAAGCUUUUAUUAUCACAAAAUAAAAUCAACGAAGCUAUACAAGCUGUUGCUUGGAUUUGUAAGUUUAAUCGAGGCAAACCUAUCCAGGACUUACUAAAUUGUGACGACUUUAUGCUCAAGUCGGAAGUUAACUCUGAGGAGAAUUCGAUGGAUAAUAUCCCCAGAUGUAUAUUAUCAAAAAUUGCACGUGCAACCGUCCCUCUUUUUCAUAAGCCACACGGAUUCUACUUUAUAAUUAGCAAUUUGGCAGUAUUUGGGAUGUUUUUCAGCUCAAAUGGUAUGCAAUUUUGGUUUCCAGAAAUCGUAAACCGGUCAUCUGAGGCCUUCAAUGAUUCAUCUACCGUUUGCGAAAUAUUAAGCGAGUAUGACACAAAAGCAGAAAAUUCCACACUGGCCUGCUCAGAUCAUAUAUCAAGCAAAACUUAUAUAGACAACAUAAUUGUUGGAGUCGCCUUUUUAAUUGGAUUUUCGAUUCAAGGCACUCUGAUUAACCCUUUGGGUCGUAAAAACGUACUACUAGUUGCGCUCAUAAUUGCAACGUUUUCUGGUAUUUGUCUGCACUUUUUUGGAAAUCGUACGGCAGUACUAGUUUUAUUUUGCCUCUAUAUACUUCUGCCGGGACUUUCGAUUUCCAUCAUGCUCGGUGCAAUAGUUGAUCUGGUCCCAACGCAUUUACGGGGAAAAGCUGUUAGCUUUUGCAUGUCCUUAGGACGACUUGGAAUCAUCGCAGCUACCAACUUAAUGGGACUUACAUUACAGCCAUACUGUAAUAUAACUUUUGCUAUUUGUACUUUUGUUCUCUUUGUGUGUGUCGUACUCGUUUAUAUCAUACCAAUUCGGAGAUCUACUUAGUAAGGGACAGUACCGAAAAAUGUACAAGCUACAUAUAUCUACCACUAGUUCCAUUUCACUUCUUUAAGUACUAAUACUAACAUACGUUUCCCUUUCCUUAGCUUUUGUAGCUCUAAUUUUAAUCGAUCAUUCCCUCAGCUCGACAUAACUUCAAAUCAAUUUUCCUCUAUGAAGCAGUCGAGGUACAUAUUUAGAGUUACACAUUGCCGAUUCUUUUAAAUUCGAUUCGGCUUUAAGAAGAAGACGAUGUUUUUCAGAGCUGAGUUUAAAUUCUCAGUAAUAGCUUGAGAGUGAUAUACCAACAUUGAAAAUUCCCGAAUUCUUCUGAAUCCUGACAAUCCAAUGAAUGCAGCUAUCAAUCGGUACAAAGAAAUAUGUGGCGUAAUCUUACUCUCUGGAAAAUAUGAAGCUUUCAAAUGUAUCUUACCAUUUGCUUCAGUUUUGCACGUUUAGCUUUACAAGUUUGUUUUGAGGCCUGGAUUCAUCGCAGUCUCCUCAACAGUUGAAGAUGUAACCCGAUGAGUUCCGCAAUUUCAUUUAGUUUUCGACCGAAAAUGUAAAGAAGAAACGAUAACCUUUCUGAUUGAGAACUUUGAGAACUUAUUUGAGAACUUUACUGGAAUUGGCACUAAACUUGCCAAGGUUUUCGAUUUCACCCAUUCGGAUGACCAUACCAUAAUAAACCAAGCAAUGUAUCUUAUGUAUUUGUCCUUA